AUGAAGAAGAAGUACCAAGGUUCUGCAAGGGCAAAGAGGCAGCAGCUUCAAGCACUUCGUACGGAGUUCGAAACACCUCGAAUGAAGUCGGGAGAAUCAGUUACAGAUUAUUUCUCUCGAACAAUGGCGAUCGUGAACAAGAUGCGGAUCUACGGGGACGAGACAAAGGACGUGACCAUAGUAGAGAAGAUUCUUCGAUCCAUGACACCAAAAUUUAAUUUUGUUGUUUGUUCCAUAGAAGAAUCCCAUGAUAUUGAUGAACUUUCAAUUGACGAAUUACAAAGUUCUUUGUUGGUUCAUGAGCAUAAAUUUAACCAUCAGGAGAAAGAGGAGCAAGCUCUAAAGGCCUCAACAGAAAAUCACUCGGCGACAAGAGGAGACAGAGGACGUGGUAGAGGUCGAGGCAGAGGCAGAGGAAACAAUGAUCGUGGAAACCAACAACAACACCAACACCAGCACCAAGACAACCAAUUUCAAGGAAGAGGAAGAGGACGAGGUGGCAACCACUCGACUUCAUAUAAAUCGAGGUCAGCAGACAAGUCCAAUGUGGAGUGUUACAGAUGUCAUAGGUACGGCCACUACAAGUCUGAAUGCUGA